GUGUGGGACACGGAACUGGAACGUACUGCUGAGGAGUGGGCAGAGACCUGCCUGUGGGAGCAUGGUCCUGCGGGCUUACUCCCACAGAUCGGGCAGAACCUGGGUGUGCAUUGGGGAAGGUAUCGGCCCCCUACGUCCCAUGUGCAGGCCUGGUACGAUGAAGUGAAAGAUUACUCCUUCCCUUAUCCUCAAGAGUGUAAUCCCUACUGCCCGUUCAAAUGCUCCGGACCUGUUUGCACCCAUUACACACAGCUGGUCUGGGCCACGAGCAGCCGGAUUGGCUGUGCCAUCAACCUCUGCUACAACAUGAAUGUGUGGGGACAAAUUUGGGAGAAAGCUGUAUAUCUGGUCUGCAACUAUUCACCAAAGGGGAAUUGGUGGGGACAUUCCCCCUACAAACACGGGACUCCAUGCUCUUCUUGUCCUCCAAGCUACGGAGGAGGAUGCAAGGAUAAUCUUUGCUACAAAGUUGAAGAUGACAGAUCUAACCCACCGCUGGAGGAAACAGAGGAGAGCAACUUUAUUGAGCCAGAGGGCCCUCGAGGAACGAAACCCUGGUCUCGGGCCUCCAAGCCCGCACCUCCCAGCCUCCCUGCCCCGGCCCCUGCUGAGCCCCCCACAGAGGACCUGCAGAAGAAUGAAGUGGUCAACAUUCAGCAGAUGUCUCAGCUCGUCACCUGUGACACCAAGCUGCGAGAUCAGUGCAAAGGAACGACGUGUAAUAGGUACGAGUGUCCAGCUGGAUGCCUGGAUGCAGCAGGAAGAGUGGUUGGAACAGUGUACUAUGAAAUGCAAUCGAGUGUGUGCAGAGCCGGUCUGCACGCCGGUGUCAUAGAUAACGACGGGGGCUGGUUGGACGUGACAAGACAAGGCAGAAAGAACUAUUUCAUCAAAUCCAACAAGAACGGAGUCCAGUCUCUCGGAAAAUAUCACAGUGCAAACUCCUUCACAGUUUCCAGAGUGGCAGUUAAAGCCAUUACUUGUGAAACCACAGUUGAACAACUGUGUCCAUAUGAAAAGCCUUCGAGACACUGUCCCAGAUUAUAUUGCCCAAGGAACUGUUUAGAGGAGAACCCUCGCCUGUCCAGAGUCAUUGGUACCAAAAUAUACUCCGACAAGUCCAGCGCAUGUCGGGCAGCUGUCCAUGCCGGAGUCAUCAGGAACGGGUUGGGUGGAUACAUAGACGUGAUGCCAGUGGACAAGCGGAAUCACUAUGUUUCCUCAUACCAAAAUGGGAUUUUCUCUGAGAGCCUUCAAAACCCUCCUGGAGGGAAGGCAUUCCGGAUCUUCUCUGUGAUCUGAGCGGCAAAGGAGGCGGCUUAACCAAACCAUUCGAGGCACUUGGGAGCUUUUGACGAGACAAAAAUCGAGCCACGUUAUCAGAACGCAAUCGCUGAAAUCAUUCAGGCUCUGCCGUGUUUCAAGGGUGAGAGGUUGCUACCAUUGACAACGCAAACCCAGGACAGAAAAAAAAAACUUAAAAAGAUCCCACCUCUUUAAAAUUUUGUUUUUCUUUGAUGGUAAAUUGUAAAUAUAGCUGAUGUUUUGCUGUACAUAUUUGUACAUAUUUUUUUUUUAUUUCCAUUGCAUCAUUGACUUACCUGUUUACCAAGUACAGUAUCUUUGUCUAAAUAUGGAUUUUAAACAUGCUCAAUCAUAAUGGCACAUACAAGAGAAAUCAUAUUUUAUUAUUUUAUGUACAGCAUAGUUUUAUUGGUGCUUUGGAGCAGUUCUCUUGGUAGUUUUUUAAUGAAGGGAAAAUUGAUAUGCAUUAUUUUUUGUACAUAUUUAUGCAAUGUAUCAAUAUAACUUGUAAUGGAUGCUGCUGAAUGUGUUGUGUGUUGUUUUCUCCCACCUGGCUGCUUUUGUUUUUAUUUUCCAGAAUAAGGAACUUAAGCUAAGAUUUCCUGCAGGUCAGGACGUCCACCCAACCCACAUAGUGGUCUUCUGCUCAUCAAAAUAUUUGUUUCUAUAUGCUGCAUUUCCUUUGACAGGACUCUUAAUAAAAUCAGAAAUAAAGCAAUGUAACAGUUUUUGCAGUUUGAGCUGUAACAGUCACAGCAGUUACCCCUACUGUUAUCGAUCACGUUGUACAUGCAUCAAAACGUACACAUUUUUUUCCUCUGGAAGAACAAUAAGGUUUUAUUUUCAAUAAAACAUACGGAAUAAUGUUAAACCUC